ACCCGUCAGUGGUGCGACGUAAACGGAUCACAGAUCAACGUUUAUAAAAGCAUUGUAGCCGCCUUCAGUACAAAUCAGUCGGUCUAAGAACGUUUCUGCAACGAGAACUGUUGUAACGCAUAGAGCAACUCAGUCAUCGUCGUCUUCAUUUUGUGUCUGUCUCUUGUUAUUGUUGUUCUUUUGUUGCUUUUUUUUUUCUUAUAUUAUUUACAAUAUAAUUUGUUGUUGUUGUCAUUGUCGUAUCUGACGAAAAGUUGAAGGAAAAAUAAAGUAUUUUGUAGAUGAAAAUUUCAUACAGUGCGUUCGUCGUGUUGAUGUGUGUGAAAACAAAGUGUAUUUUUAUAAUAAAAAAGAAAAACAAAAAAUAAAUAUUGUAUACUUUAGUUACAAUUUAUAAGUGUAGUCGAUUGUUAGUUAGGAUUGUUGUUAUUUAGUAGAUAAGCCUACCCAGAGAUAGUUGGUUGCAUCUUACUACCUCUCUACAAAAAAAAAUAAUACAAAAUCAUUAAAACAAAAUCCAAAAACAUUUUGUCGCUCUGGAAUAUAAAAAUAUAAAUAAAUAUAAAAAAGAAACAAAAUUUCUUGCAGUAUAAAAAAAAGAUUAAACAAAAUAAGUCCAACUGUUGAUAUAGCUUGACGUGCGUGAAUUUUUUUAACAAAAUUUUAUAUUUGUUAAAGAAAAAAUACAACAACAAUUCACUUAAUUUUAUAAAUAAAUUACAAAAAAAAAAUAUAAAAAAGUAUACACAAAAAUAUUGUAUAAAGUGAAUGUUUAAAUUUAUAAAAAAAACGAAAUAAAUUUCAAAUAUAUUACAAAUCUAUACAAACUCAUAAGAAACGUUGACAAAGUGCUGUGGGAGUUUAACACCUUUUUUUUAAAAAAGGAAAAUUCCAAAAAGUAUUGAAAUCAUAAAUACUUCAUAAAAGUACUUUAAAGUACUAGAAAUUAAUUAACUAAACUGGCUCAACCAAAGUCCACUAUGGUGAAAAAUCGCAGAUAUGAUGAGGGUCCACUUAUUGGUACCCGUCAUAUUCAAUGUUUUCUAUGUUUCUGCUGUCUCUCUUUGGCGUACGCCAUGAGAGUAAACUUGAGUGUGGCCAUUGUAGCGAUGACUGAUAAAAAUGCUACACAAAGUGAUUUUGAGGAAUUCCAGUGGGAUGAGAGCACAAAAUCCUAUUUGUUAAGUAGUUUCUUUUGGGGCUACAUUACCACCCAAAUACCUGGUGGCCAUAUUGCCCAAAAGUAUGGUGCUAAAAUUAUUCUAUUGGUUGGUAUAACCCUAUGUUCUCUGCUUACCCUAAUCACCCCCGUUGCUGCUCAUUAUGGUGGCUGGCAAUUGUUAUUUGCUGUGCGCGUAAUACAAGGCUUACUGCAAGGUGCUGUUCAUCCUGCUACUCAUGCCAUGUUAGCUAAAUGGGCUCCCGUUGAGGAGAGAGGUGCUCUGGGUACCUUCUGUUAUUCUGGCUCCCAAUUUGGCACUGUAAUUACGUUGGCUGCCAGUGGUUACAUAGCUGAUUCUUCAGCUGGUUGGCCGGGUAUUUUUUAUAUUUCCGGUUCCAUAGGUUUCAUAUGGUCCAUCUGCUGGUAUUUGUUUGCUGCUAGUACUCCUGCAGAGCACAAGAGCAUUACACCGGAAGAGAAAAAAAUGAUUGAGAACUCUUUGGGUCAAGUAGAUAAUACUCCCAAAGUUAAUGGUCCUACGCCUUGGAUUAAAAUGUUCACCUCACCACCCUUCAUAUCCCUGAUCAUUGUGCACUGUACUCACAUGUGGGGCUUCUGGACUUUGCUGACUCAAAUCCCCAACUAUAUGAAGAACAUUUUGGGUGUUGAUAUUAAAAAUAGUGCUUUACUCUCCUCGCUUCCCUAUGCUGUGAUGUGCAUACUAUCAUUCUGCUUUAUCUAUUUGUCAAAAUUACUGGCAAGAAAAGAGAAUUUGUCAUUGGCGUUUAGUCGCAAAUUUUUCAAUUCUAUUGGUCAUUGGAUUCCUAUGAUUUCGUUGAUUGCAUUGGGUUAUGUCACCGAGGAACAUUCGACAUUGGCAGUGGUUUUGCUAACGCUGACGGUGGGCAUAAGUGCUGCUACAUAUUUGGGCUUCCAGGUGAAUCAUAUUGAUUUGUCACCCAAUUAUGCGGGCACCUUGAUGGGCAUUACGAAUGGUGCCGCUAAUGUGAUGAGUGCUUUGGCGCCUUUGGCUGUGGGCGUGGUAGUGAAUGAUGUGAAAAAUGUUGUCGAAUGGCGUAUGGUUUUCUUCAUCGCUGCCGGCUUCUACUUUGUGGGUAAUCUGCUGUUCGUGUUAAUGGGUAAAACAGAAGUCCAAAGUUGGAACUCUCCUGAAGAUGCAUUAGCCAAACGUCUGAGUGUUAUUGAUCCCGAAACACCAGCUCUCAUAACAAACGGUGAUAUUGUCAAGCCCCAAAUCAAAGAAAAUGGCAACAAAUAAUAAAGUGAUCGUCAACAUAAUUUAAAAUUUUACAAAAUAUUUACAAACAUAAAACAAGCGUACUGAAGACCUCUUUAAUUAUUAAGCUUUAGUUAAAAAAGUUAAAAAAUUAGUGAUUUAAAUAUAAACUAGAUUUAAGCAUUAA